UUUUCGCUUCAGAAACCAUACGACGGGCAUGCGUAGUGACACUGUGCAUCCCAUGAUACACAUACAUGGUAUAAAGUGAAAAAAUAGUUUAUCUAUAAAUAUCGAAUAUGAGUUCUGAAAAACAAGCAUAUGGACAACCCGAACAUAAUGAGUACGGUCAGCCUCCGUAUAGUCAACCCGGCCAACCUCCUUAUGGACAGCCCGGACCACCACCAUAUGGUCAACCCGGACAACCCCCUUAUGUCCAACCCGGGCAGCCUCCAUAUGGUCAACCUGGACAGCCACCGUACGGUCCACACUGGCAGCCUGGACAACCUCCUUAUGGUCAGCCCGGACAACCACCGUAUGGUCCGCCCGGGCAACCGUAUUCAACACAGCAAGUUGUAAUCAGUCAGCCCGGUCAAACUGGUAUGAUAAUAACACAACCAAGACCACCAGAUUAUAUGAUUCCAUCGAUUCUGGCUUGUUUCUGCUGCUUUUGUCCCACAGGGCUUUGUGCUAUCUAUUAUGCACAUCGUGCAAGCCAACUUGCAAGAGAAGGAGACAUGGCCGAGGCAACUAGAAUGUCAAACAAUGCCAGGAACUUGAUGAUAACUAGUGUCGUUAUUGGCGUGGCCUGGAUCGUUCUCGUCAUCGUAUUGAGACUGGUGGUGUUUGCAACAACAGUGAAAACGUACAACUACUGAUUACAGCACAGCUUUCAGACCUGUCUUUGACGGGAGAACUUUUUUAACUCUUAAAUCCCGUUCACUUUCAUUCAAAAAGUGUUUAACAUUCGUACUGAGAAAAUCAAAUCACUUUAUAAUUAUUUACUCUUAACUGUCUUAAUCGAAAUCUCUAAGAAGUUACAUCAUAUCCAAAGGUCUUUAAUCAAAGGCAGAAGAUGUAAGUGAUUUGGGACAUGUCAAAGACGCUUUGCAACAAAACCGUUACGACAAUUAGAUUGUUUAAUGUUUUUUUUUAUCCAAAUUCAUAUUUCUAUUGAAGGAGUUAAAUAAAAUGCAUAAGGUGGGAUGUUUUAGCAAGUUUGAUAGUUUAUAGAAGGAACAAGAAAGCUUCUAUAGAAAAAGAAUAUGAAUGUUCUGACCAGUUUAGAAUGCCAGACAUUUGUUGAAAGAUUAUGUCAAGUUCUAUCACACAAUAAUUUUGUAAACAAACGUAAGUUAGUAUAAUUUUAAGUUACCUUAAUUUAAGAAGGUACGUAUUAAUUUUUUGCUUUUCAAUGAACACUAUUUUUUUCUUGUUUUCGUAAUAAAGCAUUUGUGACAGAAGCAAUUUGGCAUUUUUGAUAUGAUGUUUGCUUCUUGCAUUUCUUUCUGUGUAUUAUUAACUUAUAUUUCAAGUUCACAUUCUUUCUUUCGCCAGGGUUCUUGGAGCUCAUGAAUCGCAACUAUUAACUGAAACAAAGUCGAUAUGCGACAUGUGUUAUAAUUUUGAUCACUAAGCAUAUUUUGUGCACUGCUGCUUCCUGUCAUCUUUUACGAUAUAAAAUCACAAUACGAAAACUGCUCCUGUGAUUUAAACAUUCACAGCAUUAAAUGUUAUGUUUUUUCUACUCAAAGUGGGUCUUUUAAUCUAGCAGCCUUAUAUUUGAUAAUUAUCUGCCAGUCCCCGGAUUAUUUUUGUCAAGGCAGGAGAACAAAAUAAUUCAGCCGAUAAUGUACUGAAAAUUAUGAUAAUGCAGUAAAUGGCAAAUGAAAUGAAGGAUGAUAUGUAAGGAGUAACUAAUCACUUAAGUAAAAACUCAUUUUUCUUUACCUUUCAUUUCUCUUUUAUAUGUAUUUGUGUGACUUAUAAAUAUGUAGAUAUGUCAUUACCAACAUAGCGUUCUAACAGAGUAAAAAUGUGUAUAAGUGAUGAAUAUAAAGUAAAUAGCCAGGAACUCAAGUUCGUAUAGCAAGAUUUGUUCACUGCAGAUUGAUAUAUAAAAUAUGUUGGUACAUGCUAGUAGAAGUAAACGUGAGGUACGUCCACAAUUGGCAUAUUCUUAUUUGUAACUUAUUGUAACUGUACAGUUAAAAGCUUAAAACAAAAAAAUUAAUAUUUGCCGUUAUAUGAAUAUAUCUAACCUACAAAUUCUGUGAUGUUUCUUUUGAUUGUACUUUGUAUGUGCCUAGAAAAUACAAAAUAUUUAAGAAAA